ACCCGGCUGCCUCAGGGCGGCCCCAUCGCCGCUCUCAUGGCAACACCGCGCCGGCCCCGCGCAGGCGCAACCGCUCCGCAUGCGCGGGACGGAGGCAGCGGAGGGGCUGAGGAGAUGGAGAAGCAGCAGCAGAAGCAGCACCGGCGGCUCCGGCCCUUCCGCCUACGCGGGGCGGGAAGCCCGCGGAAGUUCGGCGUGGCGGCCGGGAGCCUGAGCGAGCUGCUGAGGAAGGGCUGCCGGCUGAUGGAGCUUCCCUUGUCAGGCAGCCGCCUCUGCCUCUACGAGGACGGGACGGAGCUGACGGAAAAUUACUUUCGCACUUUGCCGGCGGAGACGGAGCUGGUGCUGCUGGGUCCCGGAGAGAGCUGGGAGGGCUGUGCCUCGGAAAUCCUGCGGCUCCUGUUGGACCUCAGCUCCCAGAAGGUGAUAGAGGCGGCACGGGAGAUGCUAAGCAGCGAGAAGGCUGCUGAGAGGCAGAAGGUGCUGGUGGAUCUGAUCCAAAACCUGAGCGAAAAUAUCCAGGCAGAGGAGAAGGAGAAGGACAGGAAAUGGUUUGAAGGCCUGGAGUCUCGAUUUAAGAACAAGUCAAGCUACCUGCGCUACAGCUGUCAGAGCAGAAUGAGGAGCUACCUCAGACAGGUUAUUAGUUAUACUUCAUAUGUUGAUCCGACAGCAAGGGAUGCAUAUAAAAAGAUAACUGACCUGAUGGGAGAGAAGCUGAAAUCCAUGAAAUAUAAUGGAUCCUACUUUGACAGAAGGGAGGAGAAGGCACUCCGGCUGUGCACUCCAGAGGGGUGGUUCUCCUGUCAGGGACCUUUUGACAGUGAUCAUUGCCCACUCAAGCAUUCCAUCAACCCCUACAGCAACAGGGAGAGCAGAAUCCUCUUCAGUACCUGGAAUCUCGACCACAUAAUAGAGAAGAAACGUGUUAUUGUCCCAGAACUGGCAGAAGCUGUCAAAAAACGAAAUGGAAGAGAAGUGAACUGGGAAUACUUUUAUCAGCUCCUGUUUACUAUGGAAAACUUAAAACUUGUAAACAUUGCUUGCCAUGAGAAACUUACUCAUAAUCUCCACUGUGACAACAGUAGAAUUUACACUUAGGGGAAGCAAACCCCCAGAAUUUCCUGGUGCUAUCUCUGGAAAUGACUUGUUUUUUUUCAAAAUCAUGUUGUGGUAUAAGUUUUAAAUAGCUCUACUUUCUUAAACAAAAACUUAGGAGUCCCUGGCAAAGGAGACCUGCUAAGUAAUUCAAUUGCAAUCUCACAACACCUACAUUCAUAUCCUGCUUAAUUCUACUCUCUUGCCUUCUCACUUACUACAAGCCUGCCUUAAAUCACACUUUAUGUGCCAUAAAGUACAGCUGUGAGCCCAAGUAUAAAAAUCAGGCUAGAGGCUGACACUGAUUUCUUUCUUGACAAGAGAAAUACCAGGCCAGAACUCACAGAGAGAUGAAACUUAGAGAAACAUUUCUUACAAACUAAUCUGAGGGUAUUUGUACAUGGAUACAAGCAAUGUUACCAUGUAAUCAUGUUUCCCUGCUACUUUAGAGAAUAUUGCUUUUGUAAAUCACUUCCUACUUCAGGAAACAAAAUACAAAUAGAUCUGGGUUUACUUGAUUUUUGGUUU